CAGUGGGUGACGCUGCGUCUCUUUGUUGGCUCAGCGGCGGCGGCGCUUCUGUUGUUAUUUUUCUCCGCGGCUUAAAAACAGAAAUGCUAGCGAGCUAAACAUAUAUAUUUCGGGAAGUUUCUUAUUUCCUACCACUCUUUGUAUCUAGGUAACCCGUUAAACGUUUAUAUCUUGGCUUGUCACGACCCAGAGUCAGUCUAGUAAUGGACUCAGACGAGGGUUACAAUUAUGAAUUCGACGACGAGGAAGAGGAGUGCAGCGAGGACAGCGCCGAAGAGGAGCCCGAAGACGACACCCUGGAGCUCGGAGACGUUGAGCUGGUCGAUCCCGUUGUGGCCGGGGGAGAGCGAGACGAGUGCGGGGAGACCGGCGGGAGCGGCCUCGGGCCGGGACAAGAUGAAGAAGACUACCGCUUUGAAGUUCUCACCGCCGAGCAGAUCCUCCAGCAUAUGGUGGAGUGCAUCAGGGAGGUCAACGAGGUCAUCCAGAAUCCUGCAACGAUCACAAGAAUACUGCUUAGUCAUUUCAAUUGGGAUAAGGAGAAGCUCAUGGAAAGGUACUUCGAUGGUAACCUGGACAAGCUGUUCUCUGAGUGUCAUGUCAUAAACCCUAGUAAAAAAUCCCGGACACGCCUCAUGAAUACGCGAUCAUCAGCGCAGGAUAUGCCAUGUCAGAUCUGCUAUCUCAACUACCCUAACACGUACUUCACUGGUUUGGAAUGUGGACACAAGUUCUGCAUGCAGUGCUGGGGUGACUACCUAACUACCAAAAUCAUAGAAGAAGGAAUGGGACAGACCAUUUCCUGUCCUGCACAUAGCUGUGACAUCCUGGUCGAUGACAACACGGUCAUGCGACUAAUAACAGAUUCAAAAGUGAAAUUGAAGUACCAACAUUUAAUAACCAAUAGUUUUGUAGAGUGCAAUCGACUGUUAAAAUGGUGUCCUGCUCCUGACUGCCAUCAUGUUGUCAAAGUCCAGUACCCCGAUGCCAAGCCUGUCCGCUGCAAAUGUGGCCGGCAGUUCUGCUUCAACUGUGGUGAGAACUGGCACGACCCAGUGAAGUGUAAGUGGUUGAGGAAAUGGAUUAAAAAGUGUGAUGAUGACAGUGAGACGUCCAACUGGAUUGCUGCAAACACCAAGGAAUGUCCCAAAUGCCACGUGACCAUAGAGAAGGACGGCGGCUGCAACCACAUGGUGUGUCGGAACCAGAACUGCAAAGCGGAGUUCUGCUGGGUCUGCUUAGGCCCAUGGGAGCCCCAUGGAUCGGCCUGGUACAACUGCAAUCGCUACAAUGAGGAUGAUGCCAAGGCAGCUAGGGAUGCGCAAGAGCGCUCCAGGGCAGCCUUGCAGAGGUACCUGUUCUACUGCAACCGCUACAUGAAUCACAUGCAGAGCCUGCGCUUCGAGCACAAGCUGUAUGCUCAGGUCAAGCAGAAGAUGGAGGAGAUGCAACAGCACAACAUGUCUUGGAUCGAGGUGCAGUUCCUGAAGAAGGCUGUGGAUGUGCUGUGCCAGUGCCGCUCCACACUUAUGUUCACCUAUGUCUUUGCCUUCUACCUCAAGAAGAACAACCAGUCCAUUAUCUUUGAGAACAACCAGGCUGAUCUAGAGAAUGCCACUGAGGUACUGUCUGGAUACCUGGAGCGAGACAUUUCCCAGGAUUCACUGCAGGACAUUAAGCAGAAAGUACAAGACAAAUACAGAUACUGUGAGAGCAGACGGAGAGUUCUCCUGCAGCAUGUGCAUGAAGGCUAUGAGAAAGACCUGUGGGAGUACAUUGAGGAUUGAGACAGCGUCCUCCCACCACAGACUCUCGGAGAGUGCCUCCGCCAACUAGAGCGCUGAUGCAAUUGAACCAGGGCAGCACAGGCCUCCGCUGCUGCCCCUCCCCUUCCCCCUCCCGGCAUCCCGCCCAACCCUUCUCCCUUUAUUCCUUUAUAUUUUUUCUUUUUCUUUUUUCUGUUUUUGGUUUCCUGGAAAAAAACAAACUUAAAUUAUAUUUAAAUGAAAAACUACAACAUUCGAAAUAAAAAUGACAUCUACCGCAGUAUUGUUAACCGAGUGAUGUGCAAGAAGACUUGAGUUCCAACAAAAACGGACAGGAAAAAACAUCAUCUCUUGGCUAUUGUAACAUCUCCCGUUAAAUUGUCUUUUUUCCCUCAUUUAUCACUUUUUUUCCAUGAAUGUUUUUCUGUUUGAUUUUAUUUUAUAUAGGCCUAUUUUGUGUGUGUGUGUGUGUGUGUGCGCGUGUGUUUUGUGAGCAGUGGGACUAUGUUUUCAAAAUGGCUUUAAUUGUCCUGACCAUGUCCUUUGUGCGUGGUGAGAUCCAUGUCUGGGUUGCUGAAUGUUGAUGGGUUGAUUGUAAUAGGGGGGAAACCUUUUUUCAAUUUAAAGAAAAAAAGAAGUUAGUGGGGAUAAAAUAACACAAAAACCAACAAAAAAAGCAAAUCGGUAUUUUUCAAUUUGUACAUAAUGCAUAUGCAUGGAAGUUAAAGAGCAAGAGUGGCACGUGUUUGCAUAAUUUUUAAAUUUAAGAAGAUAUUUAUUCUUUACAAAUAUUCAGAAAAAAACAGAUGUAUAUUUGCUGUGUAGAUUGAGUAUCUCUCUCUCUCUCUCUCCCUGCCUUUGUUUGUCCCUCUUCUGAAGAGGUUCGGACGUGCUUGACCCAAAGCAGGAGUCCAAAUCUCUCAGCCUCUUUCGCUCCCCCUCCCCGGCUCCCCCAACCCCCCCCGCCUCCUCCUUCCCCCGGGGCCGGAGCAGCGCUGUAGGAGACUGAAGACUGAACUCUGCCAAAUGAAACGCAGUAUGCCAAGGAGGAGCAUUUAGUUUAUUGCUCAAAGCUACAAGAGCUCACUGGCAAGAAGAGCAGGGGAAUUAGAAUGACGUCAAGUCUUAGGAGGAGUUUCUUAAGAAGACACAAAACCUGUAGGAAUACAUGCCACUGACAAAGAAUGGCGAAGACCUUUUCUAGCACUCCACCAGCCCCUUUCUGGUGCGUGUUUUCCCCCUUAGGUAGAAUUUGAACUGUGAUCUGAUUUUAAGAGUGAUACCAAUAACCUCUGAGAGCCAAACUGAGUGACAUUCACUCAUAUAUAUAAUAUCUCUAUAUAUAAAUAUAUAAAAAAAACUUUUAUAUUUUCUGCUUCUCUCUCUGUCUGUAAAGGUUUCUCGUUCUUCCCAGAACUGGCUUGAGGUUUUCUUUGGUGUGCUUGUGGGGCAGGGGUUUGAGGGUGCUGGCAUGUAUGAAUGGCGUUGGUCGGAAAAAGCUUUCUGGAUUGAGCCACUGUCAAGCAGAUGUGUUUCUCACAUCCAUAUCAAACGCUGCAGAUCCGCUAGUCUGUCAUCUCUUGUGUUUUGCUGUGAAAUUUAAAUGUCGCUUUCAACUAUGCUGUGCUCAGGGGGUCAUGUGUAUCAAAAAUUCUCACUGUACCAGUGCUGAUCUUGGCUUAGUUUUCACUUUUUUCUUCUUCGUGUGUAAAGAAAACAGGAUAGCGAGAGCUGUGUUUUGGAUCAGUACUCUACUCUGAGAUGCCUUUAUACAUAUGAGGCCAGGUGCAGUUUGGACUGGGUUUAAUCGAGGGCUUUAGUAGUUUGAUAGCAGAGCUGUGGUUGAGCCGGUAUGCUAUGCUUUGGAACUGUAUAAGCUAUGUUUAAUCAGUCAAGGGAAAAAGAUGGUGGCAAAGACAUAUUAGUUCUUCUGUGGGCUUAAGAGUGAGAUUAAGAGAGUUGGGAGAUGUUUCACAAAGGAGGAUGAUUUGCCCAUGGUCAAGCUUAUCCAGUGGGAGAAGAGGUAAGGGACAUUAUCCAGGGACUCUUAUUGGAGAGACAUACUUUUUGGCUUAAAUUAUCUAGCUUUACUGAGAGAUCCUGCUCUGUGACAUACCCCCAUGUUGGGGUUUUCUGCUCUUAUGUGUAGCUGGUGGUCAGAAGAACUUGAAUACAGCAUUAGUGCAGAUGAGCUUCUGUGGUCUGAUGACACCAAAGUGUCCAUCUUGCAAAUGGAUAACCUUCAUGCUUCUGAAGGGGGAAAAGGUGGUUCUAGCACAGGUUUUUGUUCAAGAAAUCAAGAUGCGUAAUUUAAAUGAACACCCUAAAACAGUGUUUCUUAAUCCUUCUCCUAGAGACCCACUGCCCUCACAGUUACAACAAUUCCCUGCCUGAUCCAGCUCAUGAAGGGCUGGUAAACGGCUUAUGAGCUGGAUCAGAUGUGUUCAAGCAGGAGAUAGUUGCGAGUCCCCAUUAACAAGACACUUAUUUUCCAAAUUGGACUUGUAUCAGGGUUACUAGAGUAUCUUUUAAAUGUAUAUUGUCCUUCAACAAGGUGUGAGGAAUGAAAGGAGCUUGCUGCCAUGUGCAUUCAGCCCAUCUUAAAUGCACAUAGCUGAGAGCUGUGAGGGGUCUUCCAGGUAUACUUUCAUAAUCCAACUAAAAUCAACAUGGCUAGACAUGGAUUUAGACUUCUAGGCAGGUUGCAGAGCAGUGUAUGCAAAUACAUGUCUGAUGUUCUUCUCUUUAGCAUUUGGAUGUGAGUGAAGCGCUAUCAUGUCCCAGUGUCUCCCAUGACAGCUGGAAGUUAAGUGGGGUUUGUGAAGAUGUGCAAUGGUCUUUAGGCUGUGUCAGUCAUGCAGAUCACUGUGGCUGUUACUGUGUCUUUCAGACCAGUCUGCUUUUUCGAGGCUCCCUGUGUAUUUGAUCCUGUCUUGGUAGUUCAUGAAUUAUCCCAAUUUAACAUUCACAGUAACAAAAAAAGCAGCUACUUUCAUUUGGUUGAGACAUCCAAAAAAAAACUUUUAAUACUUUUCUACAUAUAUCUUUUCUUUAUGCUAUUAAAAUGUUUGAUUUCUUAUAUACAUAGUGUAAAAUGUGGAAUAAAUUAGUUGUCUGUUUUGGAGAAAAAUAUUAAAGUGCAAAAUGUUGCAAA